GGAAAUACGUUACGUUGCUCUCUCAAAAUGUCUGCGGCCGAUGAAGACACGUUGCCUCAUGAGGAUGAUGAGUUUGAGGAGAUGGAGGCGAGUGGAGGCGAUGAGGAUGAUAUGGAGGGAGAUGGGCAAAACGGGGAAGGAGAGGGCAAAGUUUAUGUCCCCGGUCUGGAGCCGCUCAAGCCGGGAGAAGAGCUAGAGAUGGACCGCUCCGCUUACCGUAUGUUUCACGAGUGCCAAACAGGUGCACCAUGUCUGAGUUUUGAUGUGGUGCGUGACGGUGAAGGAGAAGGCCGUGAGCAGUUUCCACACUCUAUAGUGCUGUGUGCUGGGACUCAGGCAGACACUGCACUCAGCAACAGACUUAUUGUCAUGCGGAUGCACAAUCUUCAUGGAACUGACAAAGAAAAAGAUGACGAUGAAAGCAGUGAUGGAGAAAGCGAUGAAGAGGAUGAGGAUAAGAAACCACAGUUGGAGCUGGCCAUGAUGCCACAUUAUGGUGGAAUCAACAGAGUUAGAGUCACCCAGCGAGGAGAGCAGACAUUGGCUGCUGUCUGGUCAGAGAAAGGGCGUGUAGAGAUUUUUGACCUCCAAUCUCAACUGGAGGCAGUGCACAAUUCCUCAGCUAUGUCGGCAUUCAUCAAGAAGCAAAAGGAAGCCACACCUCUUUUCAGUUUUUCUGGACACAUGACAGAAGGGUUUGCCAUUGAUUGGUCACCUAAGGUACCAGGACGUCUGGUAAGUGGCGACUGCAAGAAGAACAUUCACGUCUGGGAGCCACAGGAGGGUGGGACUUCCUGGAAGAUUGAUCAACGUCCUUUCAGCUCACACAGCAAGUCUGUUGAGGAUCUACAGUGGUCACCUACUGAAGCCACAGUUUUUGCAUCCUGCUCAGUGGAUCAGUCAAUUCGGAUUUGGGACAUAAGGGCACCACCUAAUUCUAUGCUUUCAGCCAAUGAGGCUCAUUCUUCAGACAUCAAUGUUAUUAGUUGGAACCGGACUGAACCUUUCAUUUUGUCUGGGGGCGAUGAUGGCCUCCUGAAAAUUUGGGACUUAAGACAGUUUCAGUCUGGACUUCCAGUGGCCAGUUUUAAGCAACACAGUGCACCUGUGACCUCAGUGGCGUGGAGCCCUGUUGACUCCAGUGUGUUUGCGGCUUCCGGUGCAGAUGAUGUUAUCAGCCAGUGGGACCUGUCAGUGGAAUCCUGUGACAUGGGGGGACAGGCAGAGAGCUUAAAACAACUGCCACCACAGCUUCUGUUCCUUCACCAGGGCCAGAAAGAAGUGAAGGAGAUCCACUGGCACCCACAGAUUCCCGGAGUUCUUAUUUCCACCUCUUUGUCCGGAUUCAACAUCUUCAGAACUAUUUCUGUAUAACUCUUUGUUUGUGAGAUGGGGAGAUUGGAUGGUUGUUUGUUUCAGGCAGGACAAGUGUGCAUGCAUAUGGGUUUAAAUGUACAUAGAGGGAUGAAUGUAAAUGUCUAGGAAUGCCUGACUCAUGUAGUUAUUUUUUUGCCUCUCCUUUUUCUAGUCCUUCUCGAACCAAGUUUUUCUUGAGGCAAAAAAUUGUGAUGAAUUCCAUAUGUAUACCGUUAUAGAAAAGUAAAACUGUUUUGACAAAA